AUGCCCGCCGACGAACUCCCGAUGGAUCUGCCCAUCAUUGACCUCGAUGUCUUCCUCAACAACCCCCAGGACUCCCCCGAGUCCAAGGCCGAAUGCCUCAAGGCUGCCAAUGCCCUCAUCACCUACGGCGCUCUCGUGCUCCACGACUCGCGCGUUUCGGAAGAGGACAACACGACGUUCCUCGACCUCCUCGAGGACUACUUCGCCCAGCCCCGCGAGGACCUCCAGAAGGAUGAGCGCCCUGAGCUCUCCUACCAGAUUGGCGUUACGCUUGAGAACACGGAGAAGCCCAAGUGCGCCGUUGACGAACCCUGCCUCGACGUCAUCGCCCGCCUUGCUCCCGAGGAGCGUCCCCUCGACAUCUCCGCCCACAGUCCCGACCCCAAGUGCCGCUUCUUCUGGCGCAUGAACGACGCCCCGCCUCCCUGA